CGCGCGCCGAGUCCUCAGGGCCGCAGAGGAGCCGAAGGCUGCGCGGCGAACGUCGCAGGAGUCACCUUGCGCGCGGAAGUGCGCUUGCCUUGGUUUGCUUUCAAAUAAGAGCUAGAGAGUUCCCUGACAGGCGUAUUUGGGGGAAUUCAUCGCUGAGUCUUCGGCCGCCCCCUCCCUGCAGGCUGCCCCUGAGCCCUUGGGGCGCCGCGCCCGAGAGAAAGGGGGGGACCUGCGCGCAGCCUGGCAGGAAGAGUGAUCGUGGGAAUUCAGCUAUCUGCCCAGGCAAUAUGAAGAUUUUAUUUGUAGAACCUGCCAUUUUCCUUAGUGCGUUCGCUAUGGCUUUGAUCAGUCCACUGGCAACACAGUAUGUUUAUAGGAGAAUAUGGGAAGAAACAAGCAACUACAGUUUUUCAUUUGAUAGCAAUAUCUCUGAGUGUGAAAAAAACAAAAGCAGCCCAAUAUUUGCAUUCCAGGAGGAAGUUCAGAGAAAAGCAUCUCUUUUUAGCCUGCAGAUGGACAUAAGUGGGUUAAUUCCUGGUCUAGUGUCUACAUUCAUACUUUUGUCAAAUAGUGAUCACAGUGGACGAAAACUCCCUAUGAUCUUGUCGUCUGUUGGUGGUCUUGCAACCACCAUUUGGCUCUGUUUGCUUUCCUACUUUGCAUUUCCAUUCCAGCUUUUGAUCGCCUCUGCCUUUAUUGGUGCAUUUUGCGGCAAUUACACCACAUUUUUUGGAGCUUGCCUGGCCUAUAUAGUUGAUCAGUGCAAGGAACACAAACAAAAAACAAUUCGAAUAGCUAUAAUUGAUUUUAUACUUGGAGUUGUUACUGGACUAACGGGACUGUCAUCUGGCUACUUUAUUAGAGAGCUAGGUUUUGUGUGGUCAUUUUUAAUCAGUGCUGUGGUUCUUACUGUUAACUUGAUCUACAUUUUGUUUUUUCUGAGUGAGCCAAUGAGAGAGUCUUCAUCUCAGAAUGUUACUAUGUCAUGUGGUGAAGGCUUUAAAAACCUAUUUUACCGAACUUACAUGCUUUUUAAAAAUGCUUCUGGUAAGCGACGGACUUUUCUCUGUUUGUUACUUUUUACAGUGAUCACUUAUUAUUUUGUGAUCGUUGGCAGUGCCCCGAUUUUUAUCCUUUAUGAAUUAGAUUCACCGCUCUGCUGGAAUGAAGUUUUUAUAGGUUAUGGAUCAGCUUUGGGGAGUGCCUCUUUUUUGACUAGUUUCCUAGGAAUAUGGGUUUUUUCUUAUUGUAUGGAAGAUAUUCACAUGGCCUUCAUUGGAAUUUUUACCACCAUGGCAGGAAUGGCCAUGACGGCAUUUGCCAGGACAACACUGAUGAUGUUUUUAGCCAGGGGGCCGUUCCUUUUCGCUAUUGUGCCAAUGUCUGUUCUGCGGUCCAUGUUGUCAAGAGUGGUUCAUUCUACUGAACAAGGUACCCUGUUUGCUUGCAUUGCUUUCUUAGAAACACUUGGUGGAGUUGCUGCGGUUUCUAUUUUUAAUGGAAUUUAUUCCACCACCGUGGCUUGGUUCCCUGGCUUCAUUUUCCUGCUGUCUGCUGGUCUAUUACUCAUUCCAGCCAUCAGUUUAUGUGCCAUCAGGUGCACCGGAUGGGAUGAGGGAAGCUACGUACUCCUCACACAGGAAGAGUCCAGCCAGGAGGCUUCAGACAGAUGAUGGGGUUUUUCACAUCAAAACCAUUAAUAUGCAUAUCAUGUACUGUGACUUCCGAAGGCCAUAAACUAAAUCCGCAACCAGUGCUUCAAUAACAACCAACGUUACAUACGCUUUCUUCUAAACUGAGCAGGCAGAGAAGUGGCCCCCAGCUUUCGAUCUUACAGCACCGUGCACUUUGAGCACUUGGUUCAUCUCAGGUGAUGUAUUUCCAACACACAGCACAACAAAGCUUCCAUACUUCUCACUUUGGGCCUUAGAAAAGAAACUGAAACUUAAUGGUGUAGCAAGGGAUUAAGAAACUUGAUACGGUAAAUGGCAGUACUCUCUCUGAUAGGAGUAUACUCCAGUCUCUCCCAUGAAACCAAGAAGAAUUCUUUACCUCAGUUUAUCCAUCUGCAAAAUGGGUUUCUGGCCCCUCUCUCAGGGAUUAUGAAAGUAUAAUGAAAAUUAUGAUGAAUCACUCACUGAUAGGAAAAUAAUUAUAUAGUUUUAAAUAUUUAUAAUGUAAUUUUACCCAUAUUUGGGUAACGCUUUGUUUUAUAGAGCCAUUAAGGUGUCAUCGAUAGUCAAAGCUUUUAAUAGAAAACCCUUAAAAGGGAGGUACUUUAAAAAAUAGGUUAUUUUUCACUUUUCUUAAUAUGUUUCAUUAGUGACAAGCAUGUUAACAUUUUAAAUGUAAAAUGGGGAUAACUGGGAAAAAAUAAGAUUAUAAAUAAAAUUGUUCUAAAGAAAUUUAAAAACCGAGUGAACAGCUAAUCAUGGCAUAAAGCAACCAAUGUUAUAGGAGCGAUGUUUGCUGUCUGUGUCAGUGGAAGGAUAUCCUCAUUCCACAAGCCCUGCUGGGACUUCUACCUCUACUCUUAUCUACCCAGCUUUUGUUCAUCCUCCGCACUGCUUGGAGAAAGGCAUUUCUAAAUCCCAGACCUUGUACUGUUCAAGUUAGACCCAUCAGUUUCUGGCCAGGGCUGGGUUUGAACCCACCACCUCUGGCAUAUGGGGCCAGCACCCUACUCCUUUGAGCCACAGGCGCCGCACUCAAGUUAGACCUUUCAGUGGCUGUCACACAUAAGCAAACAAUCAAAUGAGCACACUAGACAUGAUUCCACCCCUUCCCAUUUUUUUUUUCUUUUUUUUGACACAGAGUCUCACUCUGUUGCUCCAGGCUAGAGUGCCAUGGUGGCGUCUCAGCACCCUCAACCUCCUGGGCUCAAGUGAUCCUCCUGCCUCAGCCUUCUGAGUAGAUUGGACAACAGGCACGCUCAAUGACACAUGGCUAGUUUUUUCUAUUUUUAGUAGAGAUGGGAUCUUGCUUUUGCUCAGGCUCCCUUUCAUUUAUUUAUUUAUUUAUUUUGAGACAGAAUCUCACUUUGUCACCCUCAGUAGAGUGCUGUGGUGUCAUAGCUCAAACUGACAACCUCAAACUCUUGGGCUCAAACGAUUCUCUUGCCUAAGCCUUCCAAGUAGCUGGGACUACAGGUGCCCACCACAUGCCCAGCUGUUUUUUUUUUAGAGACAACGUCUCACUCUGGGUCAGGCUGGUCUUGAACCUAUGAGUUCAGGCAAUCCACCUGCCUCAGCCUCCCAGGGUGCUAGGAUUACAGGCAUGAGCCACCUCACCCUGGUUUUGACCUCCUGAGUUCAAACAACCUGUCUCAGCCUCCCAGAGUGCUAGGAUGACAGGUGUGAGCCUGUCAUGCCUCUGUGUCUUUUUACACACUGUCCUUCUGCCCUUCCUCCCACAUGGUUUUCACAUCUCAGCAAAACCUUGCUUCCCCUUCGUAGCCAGCCUCGCAGCCUUGAUUCACUGCCUUGCCCCGAGUCCCUGCUGGGUUCCCACAGCUCUCUGUGUGUGCUCUGAUCCUAGCAUUUUCCAUCAUCUUGUAAUUAUUAGAUUGUGCUACUUGGCUACUUGACAAUCAUUGCUCUGAUGACAGGGCCAAUCUCUGAUUACUUAUUAUAUCCUCAAUAAAUAUAUUUUUUGAAUUAAAUGACUACAAUAGUUUAUUUUAAAAUCAUUUAAAGUUAUACCUUUAAUGUCUUAUGAGAGUAACUAUUGAUACUAUGCCAAAGUCAUUAAGCCAGCCUUUUAAACAAAUUGAAAAAUAUGCUAGCCUAUUUUCUUUCAUUCAUUCUUCCUUCCUUCCUUUCUUUCUCUUCCUCUCUCUCUCUCUUUUCUUUCCUUUCUCUUUCUUUCUUGACAGUCUCCUUCUGUCACUGCCAGCUAGAAUGUAGUGGUGUCAGCUUAGCUCACUGCAACCUCAAACUCCUGAUCGUAAGUGAUCCUCCCACCUCAGCCGCCAAGAAUACUAGGAUUGUAGGUUGGAGCUACAGAUAUACUUUUAUAGUACUUUCUUUUUUUGGAAAUACAGUCUCACUCUAUCACUCUGGGUAGGGUGUCGUGGCAUCAUAGCUCACAAUCACUUCAAACUCUUGGGCCUGAGCAAUCUUUUUGUGUCAGCCUCCCGAGUAGCUGAGAUUACAGGUGUGCACCACAAUGCCCAGCUAGAUAAUACUUUCAUAGGUCUUUCAAUAUCUCCUUUUUUUCUAGGUUAUCAUACGUAAUAACACAGAUGCCUUGAAGUGCAACUAGAUGGUUAAUUUCCUUGUAAUCUCUCGAAAGCAGAUAUAGUCUUUUGUUUGACAGUAUUGCUUAGGGCUUUUUCCUGUAAGGACAUCAAUGAUUCCUUGACUAGAAAAUGGCGCUAAUUAUUCAAUAUGCUAAAUUAUUUCCAAGGUCAUUCCUUUUAGGUUUAGCUAAUGUCCUCUGGGUUGGAGACCCUUCUAGUAACUGAGUGCUUUUCAGAUUGAUUGAUUGAUUGACUGACUUUGUUUUCCUUCCUGUCCAAUGCUCUUCCCAAACCAAAAGACAAAGCACCUUAUGCUACAGAGUACCACAGAGUGCUUUCUCUAUUAACUUACUUCAUUCUCUUAAUAACUCUGUAAAGUAGAUCUUCAUUUUCCUUGUUUUACUGAUGAGGAAGGCCAAGUCUGAGAGAUUUAGCUUGCCUGUGGUCAUUCAGCUACCGUCAAGCAACAGCAUUACCCACAAAUGCACCUGUGAGGAUCUUCACAGCCAGGGUUCGCACAGGACAGAUUACAAACCCAAAAGCAAGAACCAUAUCACAUAGAGUAUGAAGUGGCCACCAAAAACACCUUAGCACAACCCGUACUCAACUAAACUGCCUAUAAUUAUCAUCUUUUUGAGGUUAGACGAGAUAUCUAUAAAGUCCCUUCCAGCUCAGCAUUCCAUGGUUUUGCACAUUUCAUCAGAGCUGAAGCAGGCACAGACAGCACUGUUUAAUACAGUUGAAGGAUUAACAGAUGAUUUCUCAGUUGCACAGAAACUCUAUUGGAGAUGUAGUUAAGUGUGUCAGGGGAUUAGAAUGAAGGGGUCCAGGGCAAAAUGUAGCAUGAAUGAACUUAGCCAUCUCCAAAUUGUCUGUCAUAAAAGCCAGUUAGUAAAUAUGCUGCUGAAGAGGCUGAAGAAACAUGCAAGCUGAUGGGCUGGGGGAUGUGUCUCCAGACAAACAAAGCAAAACGAACAAAACCAAACACUAUCAUCGAAACUCCAAGGGAGGUGCUUCGUAUCUCAUGGCUGAAUAUCUCUAUGAUCACCUUUGAAGUACUCCCCUUGAGAAGCUGUGCACUGAUGUCAGUGCCUAGUCCGUACUUCAAAGCAAUUUCGGAACGCUUUUUCUGGAAUGGCCAUCAGAGCCGUUGUUGUAUUACCCUUGAUGUCUUGAAUGUCAUCAAUAUUUCCUUUAUCUUUGAAUAAAGUCACUUGGGGCCAGAUCAGGUGAGUAGGGAGGGUGUUCCAAUAUAGUUACUUACUGACUAAAAACUCCCUCAUAGACAGUGUUGUGGGAGCUGUUGGAUUGUUACGAUGCAAGAGCCACGAGUUGUUGGCCAAGAAUUUCAGUUAAGAUUUUCCUUUGGGUGGGGGCAGUGGUUCAUGCCUGUAAUCCCAGCACUUUGGGAGCCUGAGGCAGGUGGAUUGAUUGAGAUCACAAGUUUGAGACCUUCCAGAGCAAGAGCAAGACCCCAUCUGUAAAACUAGCCAGGCAUUGGGUGCCUAUAGUCCCAGCUACUUGGGAGGCUGAGGCAAGAGAAUCCCUUGAGCCCAAGAGUUUGAGGAUGCCACAGAACUCUAACCAAAGCAAGAAAGGAAGACUCUAUCUCAAAAAAAAAAAAAAAAAAAAAAAAUGAAACAGAUUUUCCUGCUUUUCUAUCCAUAUUUACUUGGUCUGCUAUGUUUCUCACAGCUGACAAUCUUUAUGCACAAUUUAAUGAAUUUUUGCAAUGUUUUCAUCAGAUCUGCUCAUUACUGGCUGCCUUGAUCACUCUUCAUCAGUGACACCUUCUCUCCCCUCAGAAAAAUGUUCCAUCCAUUUGUACACUGCCAAUUUCUUCAUGGCAUUAUCCCCAUAAACUUGGACUAACAUGUCCCUGAUUUAAUUUCCAUUUUUGCCCAAUUUAACAAGAAAUGUAUGAAUAUUUACUUGUUGCUUUAAUUCAAACUCUGACAUUUUCAUGACAGCUCACAACAGCAAUAAUGAAUGUCACUCAGGAAGACACCACCAUGCAUUGACAUGAACACAGCUGUGAGACACUGAUACAUGAAGGUUAUAAAACCUUACUGAGUUGUUUGUACAGUGCUGCCAGUGUAAGUGUACAGUGGCAAGUUCACAAACCUAAUUGUCAGAAUUCAUAUGGAAGGAAGAGUCUUUAUGGGGUCAAGAUAAAAGGAAACCAACAGUGUUCAUAGAGGGAUAGAUAAACCAUAUCUACUAGAAAUGAACAUUUUCAUUAUCAGAGAGGUAUAUUUGUAUUUCUAUGAGGCUGAACUAUUCAAUGCAAUUAUCCAUAACCUGCACUGCACAGCCUCAAAACUAUCCGAAUCCCUUUUAACCACUCCUGUUACUCAUGAAAUAAUCCUCUGAUUACUCAUUCAGUAUCCCAAAAUCUUGACAGUAACAAAAAGGUACCAUUUUAAAGAAACGUCUGCCUAUUAGAACCACCUAAGGAAUUUAAAAAUAAAAAUCCCUGGCCUUACCCUAGAGAUUCUGAUUCAGUAGAUCUGCAGUGGGGUCUUGGAAUCUAUUUCACAAAUCUCCCCCAGGUGACUGAUACACACCCAGAUCUGGUAUGUCCUAUAAGUUAAUUCAAUUCUGACACUGCCAGGUUAGAGGCAGACCCCACAGGUUAAGCACUCAGUCCCACAAAACUGCCUGCACUUCUAGAACCAAGUGUAAGUCCCACUUGUGCUUCUGAACCAGUGGGCAUAAAUUGGAGUUACGGUAAUGAUUCCUCCUUGGAGUUUGUAAUUUGUUAGAACAGCUCACAGAACUCAGGAAAAAACUUUACAUUUAUUCAUUUGUUAUAAAGGGUAUCUGUAGGGUACAGAUGAAUAGCAGAUGGAAGAAAUGCUUAGAUCAAGAUACAGAGAAGGGGCACAGAGUUUCUGUGCCCUCUUUCGCUGCACCACCCUCCAGACAACUCCAUAUCUUCACCAACCCAGAAGUUCUGAAAUAGUUCAGGGGUUUGGUUUGGUUUGGUUUUUCCAUUUGCCAGGAAUAAGCAGAGAUCAGGGAUUUUUAUGGAAGCCUCAUGUAGGUAUCUCAAUCUCCAAUAUCUCAAUCUCCAGUCCCUCUCCUCUUCCUGGAAGAUGGGGUAGAUAAGUGGGGCUGAAAAUUCCAAGCGUCAAUUCCUAAUACCACAGUACUUGAUUUGAAUUUAUUAACAGUGAAAUGAUAAAAGAGAAGCAUAUCUAAUGGGGGUGCGACCUUAGAUAAUUCCAUAAUAAGCCCUUUAAUAUGUAUCUGUGAGAAGGAGUUGGUGGGUUUUACUAUCUAGAAAUGUUGGGGUCUUAGCAUAUAAUUGAGGUCUGCUUGGCACUCAUGGGAUGGCUCUAUCGCUAAGCACACUUUUUCACUUUUCUGUGCAAAAUAUAAAUAAUAGACUUAUCACUUUCCAUGAAUUUUGCCCUAUGCUGUGGGCAGUAUUCUUUUUUCAGGAGGACAGGUAAACAUAGCCCAGUGCUCUGGCUCAUUUUGUUAUCCCUUUGUUUGGUUUAUUUAUUUUUUAGAGAUGGGGUCUUGCUCUGUCCCCAGGCUGGAGUUCAGGCAGGAGCAAUCAUAGUGCACUAUAGCCUCAAACUCCUGGGCAUGCAUUCAAGAAUGAGAAAAAUGUGAAAGCUGGAAUGAUUAUGCAAUAUAUAACCUUUCACUAGAAUCUGCUAUUGGAUAAAUAUGUUUUUUCAUGCACAUGAAAUUAAGUAUAUAUUAACCAAAUUCUGACUUGCUAUUUCAAUAAAACAAAAAUGCCAUGAUACUUCAUUGGACUUACUUGGCUCAUGAUUUCAAAAUUGAAAUUCAAGUUCAUGUAUAAUAAAUGCUUAAGAGCCUACACUUAAUUUGUUUUAUUAUAGAUCCAUAAAUAUUAUUCAAGAAGGAGAACAUACUAUUUGUUUUUCACAUAGAAUUUCUGUGGGGUAUUUUCCCUCCAGAUUAAAAAGUGUAAGGGAUUUGGGGAUUUUAAAACUUUUUUCUUUUAAGAUGAAAAAUUGGCUGGGCAUGAUGGGUCAUGCCUGUAAUCCUAGCACUCUGGGAAGCCAAGGCAGGCAGAUUACUUGAGCUCAGGGAUUCAAGACCAGCCUGAGCAAGAGUGAGAUGCCAUUUCUACUACAAAUAGAAAAACUGGCCAGGGGUAGUGGUGCACACGUGUAGUCUCAGCUACUGAGGAGGCUGAGGCAAGGGGAAUGCUCAAGGCCAAGCAAGAGUUUGAGGUUGGCUGUGAGUUAUAAUGAUGCCAACAGUGCUCUAUCCAGGGAGACAGACAGAAGACUGUCUCAAAAAAAAAAAAAAAAGAUGAAAAGUGAAAGUUUUGAAGGUUUAGAAUUUGCCCUCAGAUCUUGAAUUUAUUUCCAGAGAUGGUAACUAUGUUUUGUCAGCUGUACUUAUCUUCCUGCUACUUUUCAGUGUCUUGACCUAAUAGAGGACAGGAACAAGAGCUCUGUUGCUUAUCACUGUGACAAAAUAGGGGUCACCUGGAGGCUUUGGGUCAGUGUGGGGAGGAGCAGAUAGAAAUAUGCUUUAACUUUGGCUGCACUUACUUUUAGAGAGACGAAUUGAUUUUAACUCAAGACUUCUGCCACCUUUUUCAUUUGUUUUCUGUAUUCUAUGGCAAUCUUGUAGGACAUAAACCAAGUGAUAUUUUCACCAAGUUUUUAUUUAAAAAAUUUCAAACUUAGCAAAAAUCUAAAAGAACAACACAAAGAACACCCUGACAACUUUUAUAUAGAUUUGCCAGUUAUUAACAAACAUGGUGUCUUACUUCCUCAUAGUAGAUCAGGAUAAAUACUUUUGGCAAGAACUCCACAAAGGUGGCAGCAUCUUACCCCAUCUCCUCAGAGUCACUAUUGGUGUUGCCAAAUUUGAUCACUGUCCAACAGGAGAUGGCCAUUGGAGACUCUCCAUUGUAAAAGUACCAUUUUCCUUUUGUAGUCAGUAAAUAAUCUGUGAAGUAAUAAUUUCACACCUCGUGGAUAUCCUGUUUCUCAAGAACUCUUCACGUCUUUUAGCAGCCAUGUGAAAUCUUUGCCUGACCAUUUGUCACAUGGUCAUUGAGCUCAAGAGAGGGCUACAAAAUUAUGAUAUUUUGUUAUUUCUUCUAUGUGUAUUGGCUGGCAAGUUUUUGUAAAGCAGAGUUUCUUCACAUUCUUCUUCCUCUCUCUCGAGAAUUCUUGUGGACGCGUAGAUUAUUCAUUAAUGUUUUAUAGUCUGUGUCUACACAAUACCUUUUGUUGCCCUAAAGCUCAUGAUUUUAAUGACAGACCUUCGAUUUAAAGCAGAAAUGACAUUGGUGUUAUGAAAGUGUUACAUUUAAUUUUUAGCAUGAUUAAGUAAUGCUAUUUCAUAGACUGUUGAAUAUAAUUGAGAUAGUUUAUCAUAAUUAUAAACAUCAUGACCACAGAAACACUAUAUUGGGGAAUAACUGCUCUGACCUUAACACUACCAAUGUUGUGCCACAUGGCGUGAGCAAGUGGACCACGUAGGGGAGAGCAGGCUGCACUGCAGCUUGGAAGCAGGCCCCAGAGUAUGG